UUCGUAUUUAUUUUUCACACUAAUCAGUGGGUUUUUUCUUCAACGUCCACGGAAGUUGGUUACUGAAUUAAGCAAUUUCAUUGUUUUAAAAAUUGCAAAAUUAAGCACAAAUCAAAAAUAAAUCGCGCACAAAUUACAUGUAAACUGUGUUUGAAGUUGGAAAAACGUAUUUUCACAACAAAAGUGAAGUGAGUGUAUAUUCACCAAUAACUCAAAAAAGAUAAAGCAAAACGAAAAAACGUCAUCUUUUGCAAAUUGAAUCGUUGGUGACUACGACGACAACCAGCAGGAAAACUGUAUUGGGGAAAACUUACAAAUUACAAAAAUCUGUCAAAUGCGAAUUGGUUAACUAUUCUGCUGAAACAGAAUAAUACGCAAUCAGAAUUGGAAAAAUAAUAUAGUAAAAAGUCACGGUAACAAAAAACAAACGCAGCACAUAUCUACAAAACGCAGUCGAACAAGUAUGAGCAGCGUUGUGAGUAGCACAGCGCCCAGUACAGCAAGCUUCAUUGAACCGAAUGGCACAGCAGCAGCCGCAGUCGCAGCCGCCGUAUCGACGAUGACCGAAUCAACUACCAUAAAACCGAAUUUCAUUGUACAAGCCAAACCAAUGUCGUCGCCCAUUGAUCCUCUCAGCCACGUCGGUGAUGGUAUCUUCCUGCAGACAAAGACCGCCCAAGGACUUGCGACCGUAUUCGUGUGGGCGGCCCUUUUCAUCACAUGCCAACAGAUUUAUCAGCACUUGCGUUGGUACACAAAUCCACAGGAACAACGUUGGAUAGUGCGCAUCCUAUUUAUUGUGCCCAUGUAUGCGACAUACUCGUGGAUCAGUUUAUUUUUCUUCAAUUCAGAUAACGUAUACGUGUAUUUCUUUACCGUGCGCGAUUGUUAUGAAGCUUUCGUCAUCUACAGCUUCCUGUCGCUCUGCUACGAGUACCUGGGUGGCGAGGGCAACAUAAUGUCCGAGAUACGUGGCAAACCCAUUAAGAGCUCGUGUCUGUAUGGCACCUGCUGCCUAAAAGGCAAAACAUAUACCAUCGGUUUCCUGCGCUUCUGCAAGCAGGCCACCUUGCAAUUCUGCUUGGUGAAACCGCUUGUGGCUUUUAUUAUUAUAUUCCUGCAAGCCUUUGGUCAUUACCACGACGGCGAUUGGAGCGCCAACGGCGGUUACAUUUAUAUCACAGUUAUCUACAAUAUAUCCGUCACACUUGCCCUCUACGGUCUAUAUUUAUUCUAUUUUGCUACGCGUGAUUUGCUAACACCAUUUGAACCUGUUCUGAAAUUUUGUACAAUCAAAUCGGUAAUUUUCUUAUCAUUUUGGCAAGGUGUGAUGUUGGCCAUUUUGGAAAAGGCCAAGGUCAUCUCGCCGAUUGUGGACAGUGCUGGCACUGUCACCUCAGCUGGUACGGUUUCGGCGGGCUAUCAGAAUUUUUUCAUUUGCAUUGAAAUGCUAUUCGCUGCUAUUGCGUUGCGUUAUGCAUUCCCAUAUCAGGUUUACGCGCGUAGCUGUAUUGCUGAUGGCCAAGGCCGCUCUGUAACCAUGCAGUCGAUUUCAAGCAGUCUUAAAGAAACUAUGAAUCCCAAGGAUAUUAUGACAGAUGCUAUACACAAUUUCCAUCCACAAUACCAACAGUAUACGCAGUACAGUUCCGAAGUUACCUCGUCUCAGCGUUAUGAGAAACUUUAAAAUGAAUGGCAUUGUGCUAAUGAGCUGAACGGAAGACACAUAAUGUUGUGAGAGCGUUGAAAAAGGAUGAAAAAUUAGUACUUACUUAUUAUAAAAUAAUGAAACGAAAUUAAUUCUAAAGCGAUAUAUUUUUUCCAUAGUGCUGUUAUGUUGACAAAAUGCCUUUGCAAAGUGCGUUUGCAUACCAAAAUUGCCUUAUACAAACACUUAUAUCUACAUACAUAUAAAUUGCAAAACAAAAACGUCUAAAAGCGACAAUUAUAAUAAAACAGUAAAUUAAAAGUGAAAACUUGCAUAGCUUUUAAGUUUAUAUUGAAAAUAGUACAUAAUCAUAUACAUGCAACUGUCUGUAUUGAGGAGGAGGUAUGAGUAUUCAGUUUAAUUGGUUUAAAUACAUUUUUUUUUAGUUUAUAUUUGUAAGUUUGUACGAGUGCUGACUAAUUGCAGUGCAGCAAAAACACGCAACCUUAGUAGCUCAAAGUAUAAUACACCUGCGCAAAAAGAAUUUCGUUUUUCUUUAUAUUGAGAAAAAUUUAAUACAAAAUACUUGAUAACAGUUUUUAAGACGCCUUAAGCGUUGAAUUAAGUACACUAGGAAAUUCUCCCAACACAUUCCUGUUCCAACCGAUCAUCUUUGCCAAACAUAAAGUAAUUGAAAUUUCUGUUUUCAAUGCUAUAACACUGAAUCAUCUUUUCUUUACUUCUGCUUUAUUUGAAUUCUUGUUAUUUUAUUUUAUCUUUUAUAUGCAAUUAAAUUUUUAUACAUAUAUUUUGCCUGUUUCCCUGCUGAUAGCUUAUUUUAUUACAUUACAAAAUAAUUUGUAGCGUAUUUUAAUUUAUCCACGCCUGUUAUAUAGUUAAAUACUAGUUUUUAAUCAACCAUUUUUUAGAAAAUAGCUUAUUUUUGUUGUGUUUUUCAUAAACAAUAAACAACAUUUUUGGGAAUUACUGUCAAAGUAAGCAACAUUCGCAUCUAUGAGACGGAUUUAUAUUGGGGCAAGCACUAUCUCUUCAGCUGCAUUCUCUAAAAAAUGACAGAUAUCCGUCCUGGUUAUGGAUGGGUAUAAAUCUGGGUGGUUCCAAUAGAGUAGCGCUGACUGUCGAUGGAACGUAUAUAGAUAUGUAUUUUAGAUAACUUUCGUGCUAUGUUGUUGUUGUAGGCUCUGCUAGUGCGGUAUUGUUACCUAUCGUCAUCGUCUAACUCAUCUAAAGGUCGCCCUAGGAAGCGUGCUGUUUCGACAGGUUGCGUGCAGCGUUAGGUGAGUGUGAUUGAGAGGGCGUGCGAGGUACCUUCAUAUAAAGGGGGAUUUUUUAAGAGCUAUAGGAAAGUUUUUCAAAAGAACACACAUAAAAUUAAGAAAAAUUCAUGAAUCUUUUUGUAAGGGGUUAUACGCAGUUAUGAAGCAAAUAAAAGACGGGUUGUCAAGGAUUUAUCCUGAAGAAACUUCAGAAUAUUUUAAUUUGAAAAUUUUUGGCGGUUAUAAAAGCAUCCUUCAAGAACGUAACAAAAUUUUUUAUUUAUGAAAAUGUUGAUUAUAGAGCGCGCUGCAGGCGAUUUCUGGAACCUCCUUUAAAAAAAGACGAUUUACGGUGUACAUCGUAACUCAGGAUUGGAUUAUCUGAAAUCAAAAAACCAAACAAAUUUUGUUAUAAUAAUAAUAUAUUAGAUUAUCUAGUAAUUAAUCGUUCGGCUAAUCAAAAUAGUGAAUUUUCACAAAAUGGCAGCUUUUAAAAGAAAUGAUUUCGAUUUUUACGUUAAAAUUUGGCCGUAAAUUGAUUAUAAAAUGGAAAAUAAGUAUCAGAUUUACAAAAGGAACGAUUAAUUACUAGAAAAUGUAUCUUUAAAGAUUGAGUUAAAACGGUUGACCGAUCAAACAAGCCGUUUUCGAGAUAUCGUGUACACCGACUUGAAAAAUGCCGUUUUGAAAAAAAACACGUUUAAAGUUUCAAUACCUACCUUAAAACGUGCCGAGGCAUCUCUACAUAUUUAGGUAUAACUCCGAAAGUAUUGCUUAGAUCUACUUCAAAUUUCGUGCGUAUACUUUUGAAUAUAUGUACAUUACAAAAAUGCAAUUAAAAAAUCGAUUUUUUUUGAAAGUCAUAACUGCGUAUAACCCCUUAAAUCGAUAGUACAGUCCAUAUAAUUUAAUGUUUGAAGAUUAUUUCAUGCAAAUGUUGACCGCGACUGCGCUUCAAAUGGUCCAUCCGCUUAGUACAAUUUUGGCACACUCUUUCCAAUGUUUCGGCCGGUAUCUCACAUAUAAAUGCUUUAAUGUUGUCUUCCAAUGCAUUAAUUGAAGUAGGCUUGUCUGAAUAGACAUGAGCUUUAACAUAGACCCACAAACAAUAAUCUAAAGGCGUUAUAUCGCACGAUCUGGGUGGCCAAUUGAUAGGUCCCGAUCGUGAAAUAAAAUGUUCACCGAACUGGCCUCUCAACAAGUCCAGUGCUACGCGUGCUGUGUGGCAUGUCGCACCGUCUUGCUGAAACCACAUGUCAUGCAAGUCAAUCUCUUGCAUUUUGGGGGAAAAAAGUUGGAUAUCAUUUCACGGUAGCGCUCACUAUUCACAGUUAUGUUACGAUUCGCAGCAUCACUGAAGAAGUACGGUCCAAUGAUACCUCCAGCCCAUAAACCGCACCAAACUGUUACCUUUUCUGGAUAUAUUGGUAGCUCUUGCAAUUCUUCUGGCUGAUUUACGUACCCAUUGAUCCAAAAAUGAGCUUCGUCGCUGAACACAAUUUUUCGACUUUAAACUUUCUUAACAGAACACGCAUUUUUAUAAUAAAAUUCCAUGAUUUGCAAGAGUUGUACGUUUGUAAGACGUUCAUGGUUAAAUUAUAGACCAAACUGAAGAUAUUUGGCAGUGAAACAAAACACGCAACGUCAGCAGUUUAAACCAACUGUUUAAAAAGAUAAUAGCUAAAAAAUCACCCUUUAUAUUGAGAAUAUCGUGGUCGACUUUAGAUAAGUACAGGGUGGGCCAAAUAAGACCUAAUGCCUAAAGACUACUGCAUAGCAGUAUGCGCAGUUGCUCCAUCUUGUUGAAACCACAAAUUAAGAUACUGCUCCGCCAUUGGUCGCAAAAAGUUUUCAAUCAAUGUUCUGUAAGAAGCUCCUGAAAUCGAUUCCGGAGUUUCAUCCUCAUUUUCGAAGAAAUAUGGACCGAUAACUCUAGUGGCCAUAACAUCGCACCAAACAGUACAUUUAGAUGGGUGCAACUGAUGUUGGUGUGUUGCCCUGGGAUUUUCAGAGCCCCACAAUCUACAAUUUUGUUUGUUGACAUAGCCAUUUAAAUGGAAAUGCGCUUCAUCCGACAUCAAAACAUUAUUUAAAAAAUCAAUUUGUGGGGCUAAUUGUGUAAGAAUAGAAAAACUCGGAAAUUUUAACGCGUUGUACUGUAGGGUUCCAUAAUAAAUUUCCAACAAUUCAAUUAUAACCUACAAAAAGAGAAAAGUAAAUAUGUCAAAAAAAAGUAAGUUAUUUGUGCUUAACAUUAGUAGGUCUUAUUUGUCCCACCCUAUAGAAGUUCAACCUGCUGCCCAGACCGCAAUUCAGCCAGCCCUGUAACCAUAAUUGAAUUUGGCCUGUCUAGUGCGUUAAACCUAACUGUCAUGUUAUUUUAGUUUUUACUUAACUGUACUAGUAAAAGUACUUAACUUGUACGAUGAUCUAAAAAAAAUAUGUAUCGAAAUGAAGCCGAGAUCAUUAUUGAGGUAAUCCACAAAGGUUUACUAAUUGUUAGUCAUCACAGGGCUAUGCCACCAAAGCGACACCUCCAUACCAGUCCUUUCAGGCAUUGGGGUUAUUGAAGUUGUUCAGAGUUUAAAGGAAUUGGAGGCAUUAGAAGUAAGUAAAUCCAUUCGAUAAUUUUCAGGUUUGGUAUUUCUUCGUUUCUUCAUUUCGUUGCAAAUAACAUUUGUGAAUAAUAAAUACUUAUUUCAAACAAUUUUAAUUAGUUUAUUAUGUUGUUGACCCUUUUCAAGUAGAGAUUAGAUCUUUCUAUUCGAUUAACUUGACGAAACAUUUGCGUGUGAAAGUAACAAGAAAGUUAUCGAGUAAGAUUCGCUGCUAGUGUGUAUGGUUAUACCUCAUUAAACUGGUGUUGCAACUUUAGUUGCAAGAUGGGGUUCAGGCUAAUCUAACCUACACCUUGUAACCAAAACAAAUUUUUUAAAAUAAAUUCACUUAUAUUUACAACUGUGUUCAAAAAAAUAGUAGGGCCUUUGAGUCAUAACAAUGAAAUUGCAUAAUUGAAUGAUAUAAAGUCUAGAAAAUAGUAAAUUUUAAUUCCUUUCGAAAAUGCUCAUUUCACGGAUUUUUCCAUGGAAACGCGUACUCGGCCAUAAUAUUUCGUUUUCGUUUGUUUCAAGUCUAAAAUAUUUAUAAUUAUAGUUUUUACAGAUCACUUGGAGCUAAUAUGAACUUAAUUACACCAGAUAGUUAAAUAAAUAAAUUAAUAAUUAAAAAAAGUUUAGAAAUUUAUAAAAUUCAUUCUCUGACACCGAAAAGUCAACCGGAUUAGAACUCGAGAUCUCAUUGAAUUAUCUUAGAGCGCGAGUAAUGGAGCAUUACGCGCAUAAUUCGUAUUGAGAAAUUUAAGAUGAAAUUGAUGACUGUUGCGUAGAGAUCUAGUAGAGAUAUGAAAGUGAAUGCUCCGUAGUAGGCAUUAACUAUCAAUGUAUCCUUUAAUUACUCUAAAAACAAAAGAUAGUGAGAGUAUAGAUCUUCUACUCCCCAGAGACUUUAAGUUAAUCAAAACCAAAUGAGAUUUAUUGAAAGGGAUAGGAUUAAAGAAUUUUAACGUCCUUAGAGCACAUUUAAGGAAUUUUACCAUGGAUAGGACCAAUGACAGUGCACGAAACGCACGAUUAUACCAUAAUUAUCAUAUUUCUGCAUCAAAAGAAGAACCGCCUGGAAUCUUUCGCUUUCGAAUUAUUGUGAAUUAUUCUGCGUACUAUCCCAGUUGUGUCCGACAGUGAUGUUCAAAGUUUUAGGUUUCCCGCCAUAGUAAUUAUACCUACCUAGUGGCACGUAUGCGCGAGUACAUCCUUCACUAGGUGUUUGGCCCAGCUUCUCCUCAAAUUCGUGGUGUGCGCCUUAAUGUUUUUAUACAAAUGUAAGAACCUACAGCUCUAUGUCGUCGCCGAACGGGAAGUUAUCCCUGCUCUGUAAUAAACAUUUCUUCAUAUGCUCUCUGAUAUCAAUUCCUCUGUCAUUCCCUAUCCUCCGAGCCCGUCGAAGAAACAGUUUCUUGGAUCUAUCUCGAAUCCAAGGUUAUCGUAUUUUUAUGAGGAGCUUUGCCAAAAAAAGGCUUUAUCUAUCAUUUGAUGUUUUAUGCCUGGUGUGGGUUUCGCACACCAGCUAAAGGGUUCGUACGUGACGUAUGAAUUCUGAUAGCUUAACUAUUAAUUCUCGCUUUGAUUAUUUGAUAAAAAAACAUUUCUCGCAUUUCUUUAGUUUUCUUUGCAACUGUACUCUUAGUUUUGUUUUAAUGAACAACACACAUACGCACCGUAUAUCAAAGUGCAACGAUGCGAAACAAAACUAAGGGUAAACGUUGUAAAUUUUAUGAGCUGUUGCACUACUAAUUCCUUGAAUAGCAUACAAUACAAUAUGUAGGAUUCUUGGCGGCAAUCAGUCGAAUUUCCCGACACUUAUUUUUUUGUUUAAUCUGUUUGUGUAUGAAAUUGAGGUGCACAUUCUUUUAGGGGUUAGAAAUUUGCUGUUUUUAAAGUCGGCUUAUUCUUUAUAUAUUUACUGCCGAAUUGCUGGCUGCAUGCAUAUAAAAUUGUUUAGUCUAAAUGUUGUGGAAAAGUCGAUUAUCUUGUCUAGGUUCCCCAUUGAUGAAAUUGAAAUUCUUGUGUGCUUUUCUAUAUCUAAAUAAUAUACCUGUAUACAUACAUACUUUUGCAUUUUAAGCAUUUCUUAGAUUUAAAUAGGCGCUGUCUUUAAAUUUUCGAAACACAACACGUUUCCUUUUACGGCGCCUGGUCUGGAAAUUUACUAGUUUAGGGUUUUUUAAAUCAUGCAAUUUGCAAAAUUUCUUAUUAUUAUCUGUUGAUGUACAUACAUAUGUGCAUACAUUGUUUUUAUAUAUAAAUGUAUGUAUGUAUGUCGUUUGCGUUUUUGAUUUUCGUAACCAAUCUAUUUUCAAAAUCAACUUUCAUUAAAAAAAUUAACUUUCAAAACAACUGCUUGUUUAAACUAAUUUUUUACCUUGCUCCAAAGUAAAGCUAUUAACAAUAAAAAAAAAAAACAAAUUAUUAUUCCAUUAUUUUAAUAUUUAUAGCCUUACCAUUUUUUGACUUUUCAAUUUUAAAUUAUUUGCUAUUUUUUUAUUUUGCUUUCAAAACACGAACAAAGACUAAAACGCAGAAACUUUGCUCACCCCUUUUUUUUGAAUUUAAAUGUUUUUGCAAUUUAUUGUAUGUAUUGUUUUUUUUCUCUUAAAACCAACAAAAUAUUUUUUUAGCUUUUUAUGUGAUAGUCUUUUACAAUGCGCAUGCGAAUUUUUUUAAUUAUACUACAAAUUAUUUGCUACAAUGAAUGGAAGUUUAUUUAUAAAAUUGCGUAUUAAAAAAUAAUAAAUUUG